AUGGAGAAGGAAGGGGAAAUGGAGAAAGAGAAAGCUGCGGCGGGUGGGGAAGUGGGGCAUGGCGCACGAGGUCGUGGCAACCGUGGUCGUGGUGCUCAUGGACGAGGCACCCGAGAUACCUGUCCUACUCGAGCACAUCCUACUCCUAUUGUUGAGGAUUCGAUUCCAGAGGUCCUGAUCCAAUCUGCUCCUCCAGUUGAGCCUAUAGUGCCAGCUUCUUCAAUUGCUCCGGUUCCCCCACUGGUUCCCCCUCCUCAGCCUACUGUUCCAAUUACUGAGGCUCCUACCCCAUCGGCCGCACCCAUACCUCCGUCUGAGGUGAGUGUCGCCCCUGCCAUUCCGACAGUACCUAUAGGAGUCGAGCAUUUUCAACAGCUGGUGCAACUUGUUGCCACUACAUUGCGGACCCGUCAACCUACUACUGUCGAGGUUUCUAGGCAGUCUAAUUUACCUCAAGCUAGUGUGAUAGCUCAAGAGUUCCGGUAG